AUGGGUAGAUUCGUUCAACUCGGAGCUCUUGCUUGCUGGUACCUGGGCGCGGAGUCCAAGGCGUUGAGAUGGCAGGACGAUACCCCCAGCUGGUCUCCACCCAAGCAGACCAUUGCUGUGAUGAACAUGGAGGAGCUCGGCUUCAGUCCAAAACCGACUGCAGCGCCUGAGCCCGCCAAUGUCGAACUGAAGCUGGCCAAGCGUGUGAGAGGCGAUGACACCUGUGGUUAUAUAUCUGGAGAGUCUACCAACUCCAUCUACUGCGGCACUGGAUCCUGUGUCAUCAACAGCUUCUUCUCCAUUGUCGGGUGUUGCAGCUCCUCGGCGGUCUCGGACUGCACUGAGAUCCCUACGAGCUGUCUCCCAUCAAGGUCGGCGAGUCGCUUCAGCAGUAGUGACACUCGUAUGCAACUCUGCACGGCCGCAACCAGGCCUGAGUGUAUCACCUACAUCUACUCGGGCUCGUUGUUCAACCAUUACACCCUCUAUGCAUGCGCCGCCACUGAGGAGGUAGUCGUCGUUUACGCAAACCCUACAGAUUCCUCCGUCACCCCGGCGUCGACGACAGAGCCGGCAACAAGCCCCAUCAUCAACUCUGUGUCGACCACCUCCACCCCCGGUGCCUCGGAAACGCCUACGAGUCCUACGAGUACCGCGCCUAGCAGCGGCGGCGGCGGCUCUUCUACCCCCGUUGGCGCUAUCGUAGGCGGCGUCGUCGGCGGCGUAGCAGCCAUCGCUCUCAUUGUCUUCGGCAUCAUCUUCCUCCUCCGCAAGAAGAAGAAGAACACCAACGACGUCAACAACAACCAGGCCGCCCACCAGUCUUACGCCGGACCCCCGGCGCCCCAACAGGGACAGCCGCAGAUGUACCAGCAGCCCGCCCCGCCGAUGCAGCAGCCGUCGCCGGGAGGAUACCCUCCCCAACAAGGAAACUACCCGCAGGGCUUCACACCUGUGGACAACAGACAGAGCAUGCUGAAGCAGCCGUACGACGUCACCACGGGCUCUUACGAGCAGAACCACAACGGCGUCAGCCCGCCCGCUAGCCCGCCACCCAACAGCCCGUCGCCCACGUACCAGUCUGGCGUUCCGCAGUAUGUGCCUCCCCAGAACGGUGUCAGCCCGACGCAGGGGGCGUAUCCUCCCCCUCAUCAUCAGCAGCAGCAGCAGCAAGGGGGCUACUACAACGCACCGCCUCCCGCUCAAGGACAACCACCGGCGCCACAGCAGCAGCAUCACCACCAGCAGCCGGGCUUCGCGUCCGAACUGCCUGCUCACAGGGGCGAUAACGAGCUGCGCGAGUUGGCCUGA